UCUACAUCAGGGGUUCCCAACCACGGCCCUCAAGGCACUCCAAACAGUCCAGGUCUUAAGGAUAUGUAUGGAAGCAACAGAAGACAGUCCUGCCUGCCUCCAGACCCUCCAUGCCAAUAUGAGAAUCAUGAUCCAGAGGAUGAUGAAGAGGAUGACGACUUGUACGAGCCACCCCCCUGUGAUCUGCAGAGUCGGAGCACCCCAUAUGUCUGGACACCCCAGGACAAUCAUAGUUUCUAUUUAGGUCGACCGACAAGUGGACCUAUUAUACAGAAACCUCCCAUAGCGGGCAGGGCUGAGCAGAGUCACAGGCAGCAGAGACCACCUGAGUUACCUAUAAGUCGUGAUUUCCUUUCAGCUCCAAAGCAUCCCAGAACAAUACCAUCCAGCAAGCCUGCAUUGCCUCUCCCACUUCCUGACCGCAGGGUGUCCCUUCCUUGCACUGCCAUACGUUCUCCCCCAAUAUGUUCCAGCAAGUUCCCACGAGGCAUGGAUGAUCUGUAUUUAACGUUGCUGGAUACGCAGGCCAGAUCAGACAAUGAUACUGCUUCAGGCAGCAGAGGUAAUUCCAGCAGCCAGUCAGUGGAUAUGGAAUUGAUGGGCAAAUCUUGGUAUGGAGGAGAGAUGGAACGCAAGGAAGCAGAGAGAACACUGAGCAAAAUUAAUAAGGACGGAUGCUUUUUGGUGCGUGUGAGCAUAGCACACAGUAAUCAGCAGCCAUAUACCCUGGUUGUGCUCUACAAUGGCCAUAUUUUCAACAUUCCCAUACGAGCAGUGGGCAACCGUGGAUUUUCGUUGGGGAAGGAGGGCAAGCGGAAUGAGGAGGUGUUCCCUAGUGUUGUCCAACUCAUUGAGCAUUUCCAGCGCGAACAGUUGUACCUGGUGAAUCGCCAAACAUUGGAAAGAGAGUCCACCGCCCUGCUGUAUCCGGCUCUAAUGUGACAUGUAACCCUUGUUAUACACAUUCUGUGUUCUGUCUCCAUCAUCAUAGUAGGACUCAUAACCAAAUGAUAUCAUAUCAAGCACUCAUUAAUACACUGUGGCAGUACCUAAUUCUUCCAACAGCAGUGAUAGUGGCUAAAGUGACGCUAGUCCAUCAUUUAUAGGGCUAGCUUUGUAGACUGCAGUUCUUCUUUAGCCCACAUGAGGGCAUGACUAUCUCACACUCAGGGGGAGAUGUACUA